AUGACCAGCUCGUUGCUGUUUGCGCGUGUUUUGCCACUCGUUGUGCCGUUUUUGGGCCAGCAGGACAAGAUCGACCUCGCGUGCACAUGCUACGACGUCUACCGCGCGGUUAUCCCGAGCGUUUACCAGAAUUUGCUGUUUUCGGGCAGAUCGCUUUUGGAGCCAAGCUUAAAGUGGUCCAAUGUUGGGUCGUUGCAGAACCCGUUUGUGAGCGAGAAAAGACACACACAGGUGUACGAGCUGCGACAGGAGCUGCUCUUUGAGACGCUGACGCUCAACAAGGAGCUGCUGCAGUGCGUCGAGAGCGUCGUGGUGGCCGGCACCCAGAUCUCCCCGGAUUUGGCACUUUUGUUGAGCCAGGCCCCAAACCUGAAGCGGUUCGACGUGCCCAAUGCACAGCGACUCGCGUCAAACCUCGCCAGCACAAGUCUUGCCUCCGUGCUCAUCACAGACCUCGAACAGCUGUGCCACUUGCCCGACACUGUCACAGAGAUCAGACUCGGGGUGUUCGACUCAGACAAGAUCUCUGUCUCUGACCGGGCCCGGGCCCUUGCCCGCGUGUAUGCGGCCUCGUCGCUCGUGCUCGUGUCGGACGAGCCGUCCAUCUGCGCCUUCCUCAAGUUCCUCCAGCCGUUUGCUACUCUGCGGCUCCGGUCGCUGUCCGUGGUGUACUACCACGGCUACAACGACUACAACCAGGCCGCGCGGCUGCUCGUGCGCCAGCUGCUCGACCACACAGACGCCGCUCAGCUGUGCCGUCUCGAGAUCACCGCCGGCUGCGACCAGAUGGCCUGUGCGUGUCUGAACGAGUUUGCGGCCCAUCUGUGCUCGAAGCCGCUCCACCUCAAGCAGCUCGCCCUGCUCCAGAAAACCGUCCACAGAGACCACAACUACACCGAGAAGUUCGACGUGGCCGUCACGGCGCUGCUCAAACAGCUGCCCAACAACACACACCUUGAACAGCUGUAUCUCCGCCACUCUCCCCCACUCGACGGAAUGAUCGUCCAUGGCUUUGAAGGGAACUACAUCAAGCGCCGCAACCUGUACCAGGAAACGCUGCCGCUGCUCACAGGGCUCCAAAAACUCGUCUGUCCCACAUUCGUGUGGUCGCUGGCUGGGUACGAGCAGCUCAUGUCCGACCUUCUGUGGAACGGCUGCUCCUGCCCCCACUGUGACUCGUUCCUGUCGCUAUUUGACGAGUUCAUCAUGACACACCAUUUCUACGACUCCAGCGCCGGACUCGAGAAAGACGUCAUCUCCCCGUGCUUCUUCAGCUGCGCGGCAGCCACGCUUGCCGCCCGCUUCAUAGGAACCCCGUUCGACAACUUGCCGCUGCUCAACGUGUCCUGGAACUUCCACACCCUCCUCAGCAUCGAUCACGACCCCACCUACGACUGCCGCUUCAACCAGGGCUUCUUCCGGCCGCUCGCCACGUGCAUCUCGCACUUCUGCAGCGACUACGUCGACGCGCUGGGCCGGUCCAACGAAAACCUCGUCCACAUCAACCUCAACGGCAUCGUGUUCCAGAAAAACGGCAAGUGGGGGUGCACCAACGAAAGGGCCUACCAGCAAUCGUAA